UUUACAACACAGUAAAGAAAUCUUGCAAAACUGUAGAGAUGACUGAUAUGCUACAGCUUCCUGCUGUACAGAUUUCAUCUUCAGGAAAUGGCACUGUGGCCUGGUCAAGAUCCUCAACUCCAACACUUCGCAGAAAGCGUUUCAAAAUGAAACGUUGGAAGAAUGUUCAAAGUGAGAAAGAACAAAUGGUGAGCAACAUUUACUGUGGCCCAAUAACUAAAGAGUACCUACAGCUUCCUUCCAUUGAGAUUACUCCAUCAAGUGAUGAGGAUACUCCUUGGUCAAAUUGUUCAACACCAAGUGCUUCUCCACGCCGCAAACGCUUCCUGUUGAAGAAAUGGCUGAAGGUUCAUGAGAAAGGAGAAGCAAGUGAGACCAGCAGCCAGCAAAGCAGUCAACAAAGCAGCCAUGACGAUGACUCGUCUCGGUUCCUGACUCCAUACAUACGAGAGGAAAGGUCAGACAGUGCUACCGACAGGUUUGGUACUGCCAGUAAUUCUGCUCGGAGCACCCCAGCCUGCUCACCCAUCCUGAGGAAACGAUCAAGAUCCCCAACUCCUCAGAACCUAGAGGGUGAGACAAUGGUGGAGAAGGGCUCAGACCAUUCCUCAGACAAAUCACCUUCCACCCCCGAACAGGGUAUCCAGCGGAGCUACUCUACCCAGUCAGGUCGAAGCAGCAAGAACUCCAAGGUGAGAGCGGAGUUUUGUGGUAAGAACUGA